CCACUAUCUUCAAAGACCGCAUCUUUUGUUGGUAGUUAGGUGACUAUGGAAGGUACCUAAUGUAGCCAGCUACAUCUGCUGAAGUAACCACUGACCAGGCCCUUGCGGGCUGGACCCCGACUCUCGGACUGCGACCAACCAACGCUGACGAACCUAAACCCAAAGAGAGGCAACAGUCUUCUGUCCCCUCUCCCGACUCCCGACGCCCGUUCCCGGUCCUACACCACUCAAAUGCAGGCUUCCUUCACGCGCCCGAUUUGGAUAGACAACGUGACUUGCGAAGUUGCGCCCGACUCGUUCCCAAUCAUCUGGUAGCCCCGCCUUCUGACCGGAUUCAGCUCCAAGCGCCAGCCUCGCUGAUUUCGCAGUCCGUAGCAGUUUGUAGAAACAGAAGUGCGCGCACCCGCAAACCCCGACUCGCGCCGACGACAACUCGUACCUAGGUCCUGUACUCGGUACUAGCCAGAGGAACCACAGCUGCCCGUCGCUUUGGUUUCUUCCCCACGCGCAACGCAACGUUCGCUUCCCGCGCAAACUCGACGAACCCUCCGUCGGGUCACACGCCCACGCCCACGCCCACGCCCACCAACCGUCCACACUGCACGCCCCCCAUCCGUUCCGUUCAUCAAAGGUGUGCAGCAACUGCUUUGGCUUCGCUUCGCAUUUACGGUGAUUGUCGACCUCGACAUCAGACAUCGCCGACCGUCCUUCCCACCGUUCCAUCUCCGAGCCCGGCCGCCGUUAUCGCCAUUUCUGUAGGGGUCCAAGACAUUGCCGCAUACACACCACUUUCAUCCGUCGCGAAUCCAUCGCGUAUCUGUUCUAUCCUUCCCAGACGCUUGGGGGACACCCUCCGUCCUCCUCCCUUUGGCCCGUCAUCCCCUCGUCUUCUUACUCCCCCUCUCAUCUCUCCUGCCCUGGAAGGACUCAAUGUCAGACGAUGAGUUCACCGGCCCCGACGGCCCACCCGGCAGCGCCGGCGGAGACCGCGACAAGCGCGCACCGCGAUUCAGCUGGACGCCCGCCUACGAGACCACCUUCUUCCGAUCCCUUUGCGACUCCGUCCAGCUAGGACUGCGCGAGAAUCAUUCCUUCAAGGCCGAUGCCUGGGAUCGUGCCGCCACCGCCCUUCGCGAGAAACACAGUGCAUAUCCCACCAAGAGCCAUCUCGUCAACAAGUCGGACAAUGCCCGCAAGAAGUUCCGUCUGUGGCGCGGUCUGCGCGAGGACCCCGAGUUUCUUUACAACCCGACCAACCGUACUGUCACCGCUUCCGAGGAGGCCUGGAAGGCCCAUAUCGAGAAAGAGCCCUUGUCGCGCGCUUUGCGAGGGCGGCCGUUUGACCAUGAACAGUUCAUGGAGAUUCUGUAUCCGGACGUAAUCGGUUCUGGCGGCGCUCCGAAACGUAUCAUGAAGCCCAAGCGAAAAGGGCCGGACGUGAUCCAAGGCUCCGAAGACCCCGAUAUGCCGGGUACCGCUGUCCUCGAUCUCCAGGUUGAGCCGCCUUACCGACCUCCUUCUCAAUCUGGUGUUAACCAACAGGCACAGCCCCGUGGCUCAGUGAGCCAGUCUCCCGUAGCACAAACCCAGCAACCCAUGAUACCCCAGCAGCAGAAGCAACAGCAGCAGCAACAACAACAACAACAACCGCCACCACCACAACAAAGACCCACAUCUACCGCGAUCCCACCCAGAACGCAUAUCGCGGGCACAAGCGCUUUGACGCCGCCCGAGGAGACAGCUACGGGACGCAAGCGUUUCCCGCAACAGACCCCGACAUCUGACAGUGGCGGCGGGGGCAAAGCCCCGACUGCUCCGAUGGGACCACCAACGCAACCAGCGGAGAAGCGCCGGCGUGUAUCGGGUUACACGAACCCCGCGCAUGCGUCAGGAUCCAACGCAUUAUCCUCCCACGGCAAUGACGCGUCGUCGGCAUCCAUGGCGUCUGCCGGCAAGCAGCUGAUGGAGGACGGUCUCAUCAAGAUUGCCGACGCCCUCCGCGGUCGCAGCCCGCCACGCUGGCCGGAGCAGGCCAUUGACAUCUUCUUCCGCGACUUCUCUGAUGAGGACAUGGACCUCCAGCUGAAAAUUGCCGAAAAGGCUCUCGCGGAUGACAACAAGGCUAUGAUCUUUUGCAAGAUGUCACCGGCAUUGCGGAAACACUGGGUCAAGCGGUUGAGAGAGCUGCACAACAAUAGCCGCAACACCUAGUGUGUCACUCCUGUUGCUGUGACAGACGUAUGGUUCGUGGCAAACGGCGAGGACUCGGUGUUUUCGAUGUAAGAAGGCUUAUCGUGUGUCUGUACUUGUGGGCAAGCGGGCAACGGCUAAAGGCCAAGGGUUAGGCCGUGGUCAAAGGCUUUUUGGGAGUUGGCUCGAACCGAAGGCUGGAUAAAGUGGAGGUUGCGAGGGCGUUCAAGGUGUCCGGUCUGCAAGGGUUCACACGGGGGGGCUGAUGGAGUUAGCAACCAAACGGCAUAGCGAUUGGGGGGAGGGGUUGUAUGUUGAGCUUUGGCGAAACCUACUUUUUGUUUUUUGUCUGGACGGAGAUUUAUCAUGAUACUAUUACCAACAAACACCAGGAAGAGGAGGAGCUGAAAGGACCGGGCAAGAAGAGGAUGCAGCUCGGUGGAACCGGGGUAGCUGCGAUCCGGUCGCCUUAGUCGUAUAUUCAAUACUUUUUCUUUUCUCGUCGAUACCACCGUGAUGUAAACUGUUUUCUUGU